AUGGCCACCCCCGAGGAGAACGGCGGCGGCGGCGGCGGCGGCGGCGGCCGGCCCGGCGCCCGUCGUCGGAGGAGCUCCCCGCCCGGGGCGCCGGAGCUGAUGCGCGCCUUCGAGGGCUCGGCGGCGGCGGCGGGCCGGGGGCUGCCCCGCUGGGGCUGGCGCCUGUGCCUGGCGCACCGCUUCGCCGAGCGCAGGAAGCCCUACCAGGCCUCCGACGUCUCGGCCGCCGACGCCGUCAAGCACCUCGGACUGGCGCUCAGGUACUUCAGGUGGUGGUACCGGAAGACUCGCGUGGAGAAGAAGCACCCCUUCAUCAACCUCUUCAACUCCCAGCCCCUGCGCCAGAUCUAUGGCUGCCCGUUGGGGGGUUUUGGCGGUGGCACCAUCACACGAGGCUGGCGGGGGGACUUCUGCCGGUGGCAGCUGAACCCUGGGCUCUACCACUACAAGACGGUGAUCGCUGACCAGUUCACCAUCUGCCUGCGCCGGAAGGGCCAGACCGUCUACCAGCAGGUCUUGUCGAUAGAGAAGCCCAGCCGCCUGCAAGAAUGGAACUGGGGUUUCUGCGGCCACUACGCUUUCUACCACGCACUCUACCCCCGUGCCUGGGCUGUCUACCAGCUGCCCGGGCAAGACGUAGUGCUCACCUGUCGGCAGGUCUCCCCCAUCAUCCCUCACGAUUACCAGGACACCAGCCUGCCCGUGGGGGCUUUCCUCUGGGACGUGGAGAACCAGAGCGGGGAGGACAUGGAGGUCUCCCUCAUGUUCACCUUCCAGAACGGCACAGAGUCCAAGGGGGACCGGAGUGGGGGCCACUGGAACGAGCCCUUCUGCCUGGAGAAGGACGGCCGCUGCGUCCGGGGCGUGCUGCUUCACCACUGCCUCCCAGUGAACCCCUACACGCUGGCCAUCUCCGCCCGGGAGAAGGCAGGCACCACCGUGACCCACCUCACCACGUUCAACCCUGCUGGCACUGGGCAGGAAGUGUGGCAGGACCUCCUGGCAGAUGGCAAGCUGGUGUCCCCACCAGGGAAAAGCCCCCCAACGGAGAAGGGGGAGGCUUGUGCAGCAGCUGUGUGUGCCACCUGCACGGUGCCAGCUUCCGGACACUCGACGCUGGAGUUUGCCUUGGCCUGGGAUAUGCCCUGCAUUCGGUUUGGCUCCAAAGAGAAGGAGCACCGCAGGAGGUACACGCGCUUCUUUGGCAGCAGGGGAGAUGCCUGCCCGGCUCUGUCUCACUACACCCUCUCAUGCUACCAGGCGUGGGAGGAGAAGAUUGAGGCCUGGCAGCGCCCCAUCCUGGAGAACAGCGACCUGCCCCCCUGGUACAAGUCUGCCAUCUUCAAUGAGCUGUAUUUCCUGGCAGACGGAGGGACCCUGUGGGUGGAGCUUGAGCCGGAAGACCCCGCGGCCGCCCUGGGGGCCUCCCUGGGCCUCUCCCAGCACCUUGCUGUCCUGAAGGAGUACGGGAGGUUUGCAUACCUGGAAGGCCAGGAGUACCUCAUGUACAACACCUACGACGUCCAUUUCUACGCCUCCUUUGCCCUCGCCAUGCUGUGGCCCAAACUGGAGCUGAGUCUGCAGUACGACAUGGCGGCUGCCAUCCUGAGCGAGGACACCCGGCCGCGCAUGUACCUGAUGAGCGGGCAGACGGCGCAAGUGAAGCUGCGCAACGUGGUUCCCCACGACAUCGGGGAGCCUGAUGACGAGCCCUGGCAGCACCUCAAUGCCUACCUGAUCCACGACACGGCCGCCUGGAAGGACCUGAACCUGAAGUUUGUGCUGCAGGUGUAUCGCGACUACUACCUCACGAAGGACUCUGCCUACCUGCGGGACAUGUGGCCCGUCUGCCAGGCUGUGAUGGAGUCUGAGCUGAAGUUUGACAAGGACGGCGACGGCCUCAUUGAGAACUCUGGCUUCGCCGACCAGACCUACGACGCCUGGGUGGUGACGGGCGCCAGCUCCUACUGCGGAAGCCUGUGGCUGGCGGCUCUCAGCAUGAUGUGCCAGAUGGCGCAGCUCCUGGGCCAGGAGGAUGCCCGGCAGACGUACUCUGCCAUCCUGGCGAAGGGCACAGCAGCCUUCGAGAAGCUGCUCUGGAACGGGAAGUACUAUAACUACGACAGCAGCAACAGCACCUCCUCGGACAGCAUCAUGUCUGACCAGCUGGCUGGGCAGUGGUUCCUCCGCGCUUGCGGCCUGGGAGAAGGCAAGUCUGAGGUCUUCCCCCAGAGCCACGUGCUGAGCGCCCUGAAGACUAUCUUUGAGCGGAACGUCAUGGGCUUCUCCCAGGGGACGAUGGGCGCCGUCAACGGCAUGCGUCCCAGUGGGGUCCCUGACCGCUCCAGCGUCCAGUCGGACGAGGUUUGGGUUGGCGUGGUGUAUGCCCUGGCCGCCACCAUGAUCCAGGAGGGGCUGGUCCAGGAGGGCUUCCGCACGGCCGAGGGCUGCUACCGGACGGUGUGGGAGAGGCUGGGCAUGGCCUUCCAGACGCCCGAGGCCUAUUGCCAGAGGAGGGUCUAUCGCUCGCUGGCCUACAUGCGCCCCCUCAGCAUCUGGAGCAUGCAGCUGGCCCUGGAGCGCAGGGGGGCAGGGGAGGCCCAGGCGCCCCCCGCUUCCUCAGAGGCCUCUGACCCCCCCAUCUCCGUGAGCCCAUGAAGCGGCUCCCUCCCUCCCUCCCUCCCACUGCAGGCGUGGGGGUCCCACAACUGGCCAGCCAGGAAGGAGGGGCCUGUGGGUGGGGCUGCUGCCACCUCCUUGUUGGGCAAGGCCCCCCUAGUGUCCUUAAGCAUGUGGGGGGGCCCUGCAUGGCUGAGCCGCUCCCCGGCGGGGGGGGGUCUUGUUGCUGCACGGUGUGUAUGAAGGAUCUUUCUCUGCCCCCCCUUUCUGACUGCCCUUUCCUCUUGGGGUCAGUGGCAGGUGUCCCUGCCCGCCCCCCCAGUUCACAAGAGGAGCGGUGCUCCCUUUUCAAGGGGGUGGUGGAGGAAGGGGCCCUUCACCACCUGCUCCCCCCCCCUUUUCUCUCCUACGAUUGAUUUGCACACAAUCAAGCUCUGUACAAUCUGGGGGCUGCCCCAGAGUUAUUUUUAGAUGCAGAAUAAUUUUAAUUUAAAAUAAACAGUUGUUGGCA